UGAAAAAAGACCAUAUUUUGAAUAUAAAAGACAUAAUAUUGAAUAUAUUGUUUCUACUAAAAUCAAAAAGAGAGGUCCAACAAAAAAAGAACAAAAGAACUAUUUAUUACUUAAAAAUAUUUUAAAUUAA